AUGUGUCCGUGAUUGCUCAGGAUGCGAACAAGGAUAGCAAAAUAUAGAUCUACUAUAUUAAUAUUAUUAGUACAAUAAUAUAUCAUUUGACUAUCUUUUUUCACCGUGGUAAAUAUCUGAUGACCUCUCCUAUGUGGAAAGUCCUUAAUAAAAAUCCCUUUAUUUUUUCACUAUCAUUCAAUGCUAUAGUUUAGUAUUUUAAAUAUAAUUUACUAAAAUAAUGUAUUACAGUUAAUAUACAUGCAAAUAUUGAUUAUGAAAAUGUUAAAUAAGACAUUAUUCAAGUAUAAGUUGCACAAAUAUAUAUUUCGUUUAUUCUUUAACAUUUAUUUCGGAAAAUAAAUUAAUGUCGAAAUAUAUAAUCAACCUGAUGGUUUUUUUGUAAAAGUUACAAAAUCAACUAAAUAAUAUUUUCAGAAAAACGUCUUAGCUUAUGUUUUAUAUGAUGAAUAUAUCAUACUUGCUCAUGUCUAUGAAUCAUUUUAUUAUUUUAUUACUUGAGUAUACUUAGAUAAAUGCAUAGCUUUAUAAAUUUACGUAAAAUAAAGAUUACAAGAUUAUGAAAAAAGCAUACACUCUCACGUAUACUUCAAACACAAAUACUAGUCGCAAUAUACACAUACGUUAAUGCCGUAUAAGUAUAAGUAUAUAAGUGUUGAUAAAGUCUGUGACUGCAAGUGUGACGAUAUGUAUAUUAGGUCUAUGCAUGUGUAUAUCUGAGGUAUAUGGUAUAGUAUUGUCUAUAGCGACGUAAAGCCCAACGCGGGGAGAAACACGAGCAAAUCAGCUUUACACAUAGUUUGUACACAACACGGCCAAGUUUCAAAACCCGCGUGCAAGCAAAUGCGCGCGAGUUUUUAUAGAUCGCGUCGCGCGUAGAUACAUCAAGUUUUCACGAUUGGGAACGAAUUGUUAACGCUCUAGCUCAUUCGCGGGGGGUUGGAAAGAAGUAGGAAGUGGGCAAAGCAAGCAAGUGCAUGCUUCGGCGGCGUUAAUCCGUGUAAUCCAACAGAGAAGACUGUCUCGGGGCCGUGACAACAUAUCAGGGGUUUCAACGUACUACGCAGACGAGGGAUUGCGAGGCUCGACCAUCAAUAUUACGAGUUCGUACAUCAACCAUGUCCGACGUUGCAGCAUUACUCGAAAAAGCUGACUGGGUUGAAGAGCUACAAAAAAAAGUUUUCGAAGAGUCCGCUGUGCAGAUAUCCGAAUCUUUGUCCAUCAAAGACUCGUUAGACGUCGAUGUGCCGAUUUCAGUCAUCAUCAAUAACGUUCAUCGAAGUUUCGCACAAAUACCGUUAUUUCGUUUUAUAUAUUUACGCAAAAGCCAGAGAAGCGACUUUCUAGAGGAUCUGCGUAAAUCAUUGUGUGAGGCCGGCCGGAAUGACUAUGUGGAUUGGUACGAGUUCAAAAAGUCAUCGAAACACUGGUUCUUCAGCCUCGUCAAUCUUAUCCAGCAGGAUGGCAAUAACAACAUCCGCAUAAGCCACAGUGAUGGUCCAAUAGAGGAUUCGGAAAGGGAUGGAUGUUCGAUCGAGGAGCAGAGUGGCAUCGAUGCAAAUGACGAUGACCUUAACUCCCAUUCAAUUAAUCAGUUAGAUACCAUUGAAUCCUGUUACAGUCUCAAUAGCAGUAAUAUGGGUUUUGGAAUGACAGACAGUAUUACGGAUUCAUCAGACGAAACUCAUCAUCCGAAUGGUGAUAUUGGUGUGGUAGAUCUUGAAGUUCGGAUUCGUCGAUACAAUGAAGAAACUGCUAGUUUACGGGAUGAACUUGUGAAAGCUGAAGAAACUGUUUUUAAUCUAGAACGUGAAUUGAAAAUAACUAAAACGGCUUUAGAAAGAAUGACUAAUAAAUUUAACGAAAUGAAAAAAGAAAAUGAUGACCAGAAGGAAUUACUUGAUGAAGCAGAGCGGCAAAGUAAUUUAUGUAAACAACAUUUACGAAAAUUAGAAAAAGCACAAAUUGCCAUAGAAGAAAAAUCUCGAGAUUUAGAAAUCCAAAAAGAAAAUAUCGCAAAUUUAAAGUCUCGGAUGGACGCGAUAGUAAAAGAAAAUUCUGAGUAUGCCAAAAAACUAACUGAAUGUCGAGUAAAAUAUGAUGAAAAAAUAAUUGAAUAUGAAUAUCUUCAAGAAAAAUACAAUGAACUAGAUAAAAAAAACUGUAAAUUAGAGAAAUCUUUUGAAAUAAAUAUACAGCACCACAAAGAAAAAAUUGAAGAGCUACAAAAUCAGUGCGCAGAACUCCAGUCGAAAAUGAACGGGAGCGAUACUUCAAGCAGAUUGUCUUUAACACCUCCACCAUAUAGUCAAGCUUUGAUACAUGUUCAUAGCACGCCUUACAAUUAUAAAUUACGAUCUAAAGAUUCUCUGUUUAAUGAAUUAAAAGCUUCAGGAUAUAAUAUCGAUGAAGUGAAAGUUCAAAAUUUAAAACAAGAGCUUUUAUUUUAUAAUGAAGAAAUAGCUUCGAUAGCUGAACAAGUAGAUGAGGCAUUACAAGAAAUAGCUACUUCUAGGAACGAAAUUUGCGUACCAAAUAUGCAACUUAUAGAAUCAGAUAGUAUCCAGAUUUUGAAACAAAAAAUAUCUACCUUGAUUAAUUUGGUAAAAAGUUGCACAUCUACGCCGACAGCGCAGCAAUUAGGAAACGAGAGUCCAUGCCAGAAACCUGAUACACUACUAGAACCAAAGAAAACUAGCAAGUUAGCUGACGAUCAUGUUUUCGCAGAGGAGAAUCGAAAAAACAAUCUGAUUGGCUCGGUAACAUCGACAAUCCCGUCCAUUACAUUGAACAAACUCAGUAGUAGUUCAUCGUCGCUAGACGCUUCAGUCUUACCUGACGACUCGCAAAGCUUCGAGCAAGAAGUCAUCAUACCCAUCGAUCAAGCUCUCAGUAGAAUUAACGAUCUUAAAGAAGUCGACGAGGAGGCAUUCGAACAAAAGUUUAAACUCCAUUCGCGAAUUUCGAAGCCAAGACCGAAAUUCGCUCUGUCGAGGAAUCCGAACUAUUCGUCCAUGAAAGAGACCUGUAGUGAACCAACCGAACUAGUCAGCGAUGAAGAGAACAGUAACUUGAAAGCAAAUGCCGAUGUUUACGCUAUGGGAGAUGGACCGCACAUUGACCUGAUCAGAAAAAAUAAUUUAAACAAGACAAAUCUACAGGUUAUUGACACGACGACUAACAUAAAACUACGAGAUUCGGAAUUCCUCGAUUACAAAGCAAGCUCGAACGAAACUUUUCAAAAACUUAACACCAAAUACGUAACGAUUAGAGCUACAGAGGAAACUUACGUUUUGGAUGGAGUAGUGUCGAGUACCGUGGAAAAAUUCGAAUUGGGAAAAUUCAAGCCGAUCGAUAUGAAACCCGAAGCGAUGUAUUAUCCGACACCGACGAAAUUGGCACCGCGACGAAAAUUAUCGGUCUAUCAUCGGUCGUUCGACAUCGACAGCUUGCAAACGCCCGACGUUCUUCAAUCUGGCGAAAAAAGACGAUCGAUCAGUACACCGGACGUGCAAGAGUCCGAGUUUCCUGGUUUCAAGAGCAAAGCUUUGCCGUCCUUCGACGCUUCCGUGACAAAGAGUCAGCUACUCAAUACUUAUCGGUGCAUCAAUACUAGCGACUCUUCCAACAGUCCUUCCCCAACAAAGAAAUCUUCGACUAGAGACAAUGAAGAUGAUUCUUACACAGAUGACCUUAAGAAGCAACCGGUGAAAAUUAAGAAACCGCUGAUUUUAGCGCCAACAAAAUUCAAAUUACCAGACUCAACUGUGAAUCAAACGAUUUUAUUGCAGCAAGAAACUGGAAAAAGUACGCCAAGCAAGCGAUUGACGCGAACGCACUCCGACAAAUAUGAAGCGCAUCAAUCGAGAAUUUUGAGUGGCUCAUUGGAUAUAGUGAAGAGACAAUUAAGUGCUGGCAGGUGUAACUUCACGGUAGACAAAUCAAAUUCGAGUGAUGACAGUGGCAGUAAAUUGUCUACCGAAGAAUCAAACUCAUUUCUCACAGCUGACAUUACAAGUACCGAAAAUUCUAUUGAUUAUUUGAAUAACUCCGACGAUGUAUAUAUAUAUAAUGCCGAAAAUCACAAAAACUGUACGAAAGCAGAUGAAAAGGGCAGCCGUAAAAGCGAGACGAAAAAUGCAACAGCGAGCGCGUCAAUCGUCAACGAUGUGGGCGACUGUAGCAUCGGUGGUGGCGUUAGUGCCGAGCAGUCGAGCAGCGUGUCGGCAGUCAAGCUCGUGAUGUCCAGCGGCGAGGACAGCUCGGCUGAGAGCGAGUGCGACCCGCGUCAAGCAGCUGCUGCGAAAGCAGUAGCCACGCAACCUCUACUAUCACCGGCUGUUGCCGUAGACGCUGACAAGAAAUCUCUCACUUCUGCCGUUAGGCCCAGGAGUAAUAGUUGCGUCGAGACUGUCAAUUGCAACGACAACAAGGCGCAUCCUGUUAUAAAUGGUGAUGACAAGGAAAACAGUUACCAAAAGAUUACGUCAAAUUCAUUACCUCAAGAAAUAACAAAAUUAGAUGAGAGCCCAAAAGCAUUUCCAAGCUUGACAGAUCAAAAGCUUAGAGAAGCUGGAAUUUCGAACUUCAACGACAUCGAGACUGAAAUAAAGGAGAGUUUAUCAGAAGAAGAAUUAAAGAAGAAAUACACAGCUUUCUCCGUUGGACUUGGAGCUGAUAGAAUGACCCUCUCAAAAAGAAUAACAUUGUCGCGUCGUUUUCGUGACCAAGACGAAAAGAAUUUACAAAUGGAAGUUUCAAAAAUGGAAAAAAGUAUUAAGGACUUGGCACCUCUCUGCAUUGAUAGCGAGUCGGUGGCAAAAGUCGAACAAGCAAAGCAAGAUUUAGAGAUGAUAUCGCGUUGCGCGAGUCGAAUAUCGCGCAGUGCCGAAACCCUUGGUGCAGUACAGGAAGAACGAAGAGUAUCUAGAGCUGUUUUAUUGGUCGACAAAUACUUGCAGACAUUGCGUGCCAAAUGUGAAAAGCUCACCGCUGAACUUGUCGAGACUAAGAGAAUUCUCGCUGAGAACAACAUUAUGCUUGAGGAGAAUGUGAGCGAAAUAGGCGACGACGUACCGAAAGUGCGAUAUCGCGCCGUACUCAGCAAUAAUCGUACGAUGAUGGCUAGAAGGAGAGCUAGUAUAGCAACGAUAUCACGACCACUAAUGGGCAGCAAUCAAGACAUAUCUAAGGAACCUCCACGACAACGGAAUUCCGUGUCCGGGAGAAUGCCGUCCUUGCGCAGACCUUCCUUAAGUUACGAUCCUAGAUUUGAAAUUGAAAAACUGGAUCGAACAGAUAGUUCAAAUAGCAUAACAGAAUUGCGAGAAAUUCAUGAACAAGCAGAAUCAAGACGACAUUCCCGAGAAGAAAAUAACAAUUCGAUACGAGUUUAUUCAAAUAAUCUUGCACUUAUCCCUUAUGAAUCUGUAGAUGACCAAGUUGGUUUGUCUAACACACAAGACGAAAUGGUUCCUGACCUAGAAAUAAACAAUGAUAUAAAUUUACCUCUAUCAUUGGAAAUACUACAAAAUCACAGACACCCAUUGGUUAAUCGAUUACUGAGUAUGAUCGCAGCAUGGAAGCCAAUGUUAUGCGGUAUUUUUGUAGCUUUUUUUAUAGGAUUCUUCUGUAAUCGCGUAAUAUCUACGAGCAAAACGAGCGAUGUGCCAAAUUCAUGGUGGUCUAUCGAAGAGAUCUUAAAUCAGUAUACUCAGGUCGAUAAUACAAAAAAUACAAUUCCCAGGCCAGUUUGAUAUAGUUGUUUUUGUAAUGUAUAAUGUAGAUUUUAACUUUUUAACGAAAACUAUAUUUCUUAAAAGUAUUUUUGAUGUGCGUUAAUUUGUAUAAAAAUCAUUUUUUUUUUCUAAGUAGUCUUAAUUUUUCUUUGUACCUACAUUUAUAAGGCUUUUUUGUGUUAUAAAUUAUAUUUGUACGAUCGUAAGUUUGUUUUCAAAGUGUAAUAUUUUACUUCCAAAAGCACAGUACGUUUUCAAGCAUCAACGUUGCUGCAACGUUGAUUUAACCAGUUAAAUAACAAUAAACCUAAAUCUUAUGUGUACAACAUAAAAAUAAAAGCAAUCCGUAUAGUGCGUCUUUCUAGGAAGGAAAACGUUUUGAAUAAACCUUUUUAGUCUUCCAAAUAUGUCAGUAUAAGAUCGAAGUUACAUGUAAUAAAUGCUUUAUGUGCUCAAGAACAAUGUAAAGCAAGUCGAUCCCGUAAAUAAAUAUAUUUGUAAAUUAUACGUACUAAUUUAGAUAUAAUUUUUUUAUGUGAUUUUCUCUGUUAUUAAUUUUAAAUAUCAAUUAUUAUCCGAAAAAAACAAACACUAUCCAUUUUAGAAAAUUAUAUGAUUUUCAGUGGAAUAAAACAAUAUUAUUUUCAUUAAAUAUAGUUUUUAUUUGGUAAAACUUUUUCGUAUAUUUUCAUUCGAAUUAUCUUUUAACUCCAGUCAACUAAAUUAUUGUAAUAUUGAUCACAAAUGUAGUAUCACUAAAUCAAAACUUUUA